UAUGACAAUUUCAAAUUAAAAUUUAGUUCAAAAUUUAGUUCAAAAUCAAGAAUCAAAAUUAAAAAAAAAAAAAUGAAUACAAAAUCGAGGGGCCCUGGCCCCGGUGCUUAUUUACUUCCACCAAAUGUUGGAUUUACUAAUCAUGAUGUUCGCAAGCAACGCAAACCCCAAUAUUCAUUUGGUCAACGGCUGGGAUCAUCUAAUAGAACAAUCGGUCCCGGUCCUGGCGGUUAUCGUAUUGAAAAGAUAACAAGAUACGGAAAUGACGGAACUCCUCGAUAUACAAUGCGACCACAAACUUUUAUAAAAGAGGAAUAUAAAAGCCCUGGUCCAUGUUCGAAUGAUGUUCAUAAGAAACCAUUCUUUAAGGGUAGAAGAGCUCCAGCGUUUAGCUUGCAAUCAAAGCAUUAUGCUAUUUACGAGAAGAUUGUAUCACCAGCCUCGAAUACCUACAAUGUUCAUGUUCAAGUAAUCAAACCAAGACCUCCUGAAUAUACCAUGGCAGAAGUGUUAACAAGAAAACCAACAAUACGUUCUCCGGGUCCUGCAAUAUACGGCCGAACAGAUUUGAAUGUGAAGCUAAAAAAAAGUCCCGCUUUUUCUAUAACAGGACGGAAUAUAUACUCAUUCAAGCCAUGUGGCAUAGCAUCAACACGUUACGAUAUAUCAUACUAUAGACCCGGUCGAAAUUCAAUAUCAUACUCUUUUGGAACCAAACACUCUGAUUAUGCUCCACCCAUGAUUUUGCCUUGCGAUAAUCUGCAUUAG